UUUAGGAAACCCAUUUGCACACGCCCUUAUAGGCAGAGACAGGCUCUGCACCCACAUUCUUCAAAAGAAGGGGAGGCAGGAUGAAGAGCUUUUUGUUGCUGUGCGUGGCCUUGGCCGUCUCCUUGGGGAUCAUCCUUGUGGCAGGUUACCCGCUGGAGCCCAAGGAUGAGGAGUACGUGCUGGUCAACAACAAGUGCCAGUGUGUGACAAUGACCUCAAAGAUCGUCCCCUCUAAAGAAGACCCUGAUGAAGAAGUCCUGGAGAGACACAUACGUAUCAUAGUCCCCCUGAAGGCUCGAGAGAACAUCUCUGACCCCUUGUCCCCCCUCAGAACCAAGUUUGUCUACCGAAUCUCUGAACUCUGCAGAAACUGCAGUCCUGUAGAGAUUGACCUGGGUGGGAGGAUCGUCCAGGCCCAGCAGGGCAACUUCUGUGAUGAGCCCCAGACCUGCUACACCUACGACAGAGAGCAGUGCUACAGCUCCCCUGUGCCCUUCCUGUACCACGGGGAGGUGAAAUAUGUGCCAGCAGCUCUGACACCGACAUCCUGCUAUGCUGACUAGAUGAACCCCUGCUGUGCUGAAACCUGGCUGCACUCGCUGUUCCCAUCCCAGAUACAGGUAUAGCACCGUAGUACCCAGGUGACAGUAUCCCAGUUCCAGCUCCUACAGCAAUGCCAGCUUGUCUCCACAUUUUCAGCAUCACACUAGUGCCAUCUCCCAAGAGCAACUCCUGGUUGUCAUCAACUCUGUUCUCAUAUCCCUGGCACGUACCUGCCAUGCCAUUACGUGUCUCAGGCAGGAUCAUCAUAUAGACCAGAUACAAAUCAGUGAUCCCCUUGAAGCCAAGGAAACCACACUGAUUUACAGUGGAACCUGUCCUUGGCAGUCUCCUGUGUGUCUCCACCUGAGCAAAGCUGCCACAGACGUCAGCAGGAAUGCCUGUGCACUUCUCUCCCCGAGCCCUCUAAAGCAAACCUCUGCACUCCCUGCAGGCAGGGCCUUUGAUGGUGUUAGCAGGAGUUGUGCCACCACUGGAAGGCUGUUGUACAACCAUAUUUUAGGGACGAGACUUCACAUUUCAAAGUUAUUUUACAAUUGAUCAUCCUAGACCCUUCUAGCACUUGGACAUCUGCAAGCUUCUAGUUCUCACAGAUUCAGAGAAGAUCAAAAGAUGCCGCUACCCUGAAGUGUUUUGCAAAGUUGCCAAGACCUCAGCUGUGCCAGGAAUAGUCAACUCUUCUGGGAGAUGUUGGGCAUUUCACUUCCCACACUGCUUUACUUCUACUGCUGCCUUCUUCCACCCCUGCUCCCAGUUGAAUUGUUGAAAAAAAUAAAUCAACUUGGUUCAAAUUUCUUUUCUUCCUUCAUUUUGCAUUUAAAGCUUAAAAAAAUUCUGUGAAGGGGGAUGUAAGUGCAAGAACAGGACCCUAGUUUAAGAUUCAGAAUUGGGGUAACGAAAGAGCAAAAACCUUAUUCCUAUAGUUACAGCUUUGUUAAUGAACUAUUCAAUAAAAUUUUG